AUGGACGAACAAGCAGAAAGCUUCCUUCGAAAUGUUUGGAAUGACAAUUUCUACCAGGAAAUAGUCACAAUAAGACGACUGAUCAAGAAGUACAAGUACGUUUCAAUGGAUACUGAGUUUCCUGGUGUGGUGGCCAAGCCAAUUGGGAACUUCAAGACUGCAAAUGGAUUUGCGUAUCAACAACUGCGAUGUAACGUGGACAUAUUGAAUCUGAUUCAAUUUGGAAUGACAUUGAGUGAUGAACACGGAAACAGGCCUGAGCCAGUCAACACGUGGCAGUUCAACAUGGCAUUUGAUCUGGAUCAGAACAUGCACAGCAAAGAGGCCAUUGAUCUCCUCAAGGCAGCAAAUAUUGAUUUUGAUGAACACAAAAACAAGGGAAUCGAUCUCAAUGAAUUUGGAUUGAUGUUAUUCACAUCUGGAUUGGUGCUAUGCAGUGACAUCCAUUGGAUUGGAUUCCAUUGCGCCUAUGACUUUGCGUACCUGAUCAAGUUGCUCACUGGCAACUCCAUGCCUGAAAAGGAGAUGGUCUUCUACGACUACCUGAAUGCGCUAUUUCCGUCAUUCAUUGAUUUCAAGUACUUGAUCCAGGACUCAGAACACAUGAAAAAGGGACUUCAGGAGAUAUCGGGCACUUUUGGGUGCGUCAGACAGGGAACAGCCCAUCAGGCUGGCUCAGAUGCACUGCUUACGUCUGCUGUAUUCUUCAAGGCAUCUGCUGGAAUAUUCACGAAGGAAUUCAUCAAUGAAAACAGGAACAAGUUGUAUGGCAUUGAAUUGUAUUAA